CCCUUCAAAAUGCAGAGUGGACCGGCUGCUGGGUCCUGUUCAUUCCUACAUUACCCUCUUCUGCAAUUUACAAGCCUUCUUACUCGCUUCCUUCAUUAAAUAGUUCAAUUAAAUAUCCUCAAGCUUCAUCAUUUGUGCCUCCUAUAUAACCCACCCCACUUGCCACUCCAUAUUCUCACCUCGGGUUUUCUUUUCUUCUGCGAGUUUCCUCGCAGAAACAAGAAAACCCUCCAUCUUCUUCACCCCAACCUUCAUUCGUUUUCUCUGUUUUCUUGCCCCGUUGAAUAUAAACCCUAUAUUUACACACACACACACACACAGUCAUUUUUUUGUUUUAAAUCGUAAGGGUGUGAAAUGGAGCUGAAUUCUGCAAACGCAGCGAGAAGGCUAUGGAAUGUGUUGAGGAUCAGCUUCUUGAUGAUGAGGAAGGGCGUGAUAUCCAAGAGGAAGCUGAUAAUGGACAUGAAUCUCAUGAUGAAGAAGGGGAAGCUGCUGAGGAAAUCUCUGAGCAAUCUCAUGUCAUCCCAUCAUCAUUAUCACUCCAAGAGCGUGACACGUGGAGGAGGAUUCGGCAUGGAGUACGAGUUCUCUUGCAGCAACAGCCCCAACCCUGGUUUUCUCCACCUUCACAAGCGCAAGCACCAUUUCAACUUGCCCUGCAUCAACCACCCUCAGGUCGUGGACGAAGAGGAGACGGAACCAGAGCCCCCUAAGGCCAUGGUUUUGAUGCCCAAAACCCCAGACUACGCCUUCAAUCUCAGGUUCGAUCCUUCUGAUUUUGCUGCUGGUGACAGAAGGAGCCCUCUUCCAUCGCCAUUUUCUGUGAGGAUAUCCAAUUUUUCUUCUGUUGAUGACUCCGAGGAGCCUGGAAAUGGUCUGGUUGAUGACCAGGCCGAGGAUUUCAUUAGAAGGUUCUAUGAACAGCUCAGGAUGCAAAGCCGUACCCAGUUACUAGAGUACCCUGACGUGCACGCACAGGAUAUAUAGCAUUUCUGAGAGAUAUGUAUUCUCUGAAAUCUUGCAUGUUGAUGGCCUUUUCCCCUGUGUAUCUAUUGUUGUAUAGGCUCUGGAGCAUUAGUUCAAAAUUUCAUAUUGUUUCAAGUAAUGUGCAGCUUUAUGUAUGGUGGUUUAAUGUUUUGGAUAUUUGAGGUUUUCUGGUAUGUGUAUAUGUUUUGUUUUUGGGCUCCCGGUUGCAUCAUUGUAGGUGGGGUGGGCAAUCUUUUGGAAUAUUAUUUCCUUCUGCUUUUGGUUAA